AUGUCUACUAGUGAACCCUCCAAAACAUCUGACCUAAGAAGGGACAAUGAGUCCAACGAAACUUCAAGUAUCGAUGUCGAAACUUUGAGUCUUGAAGCUGAAUCCUAUAUAUCUUUUAAAUCGAAGAAGUCUAAUUCAUCUGUAAACUCUUCGAUAGAUUCAUUAUCGAAUUCUAUAUCUAAGAUGAGCAUAGCCUCAUCCUUCAAAGAAAAAAAGCAAAAAAUUUUAAAAUCAGUUAAAAACAGAUUAAAAAAUUUUAACGAGAAUAUGCGUAAAGCAUUUAAUAAAGAAUUUCAAGCCUUUGUUUUAAAGGAUAAGGAAAGGAAAUUGGAAGGAAACUUUUUGGGUUAUUACGAAUGCUUGAUUUCCGGUAAUUCCGAAUUAUCGAUUCCAACAAUCUCUUUAACGACAGCUAGAAUUGAUUUACACGAAAUUAAAACACAAGAGCCAGCAAAAGCAAUGUAUUUGGUUUUAACAAAGAUCAAAGAAUCUCCAUAUAUUAAUAGCUCAUCAUUAUUUAUCAUCACUGGUAAAAGUUUAGAAAAUAAGGAUAGAACAGGAUAUAUAGGAACAAAAUUUAAUGAAUUUCCUCAUUGGAUGCAACAUGAUUCUAUUAAGGAUUUAUUAGUCGGAAAGCCUGUAAAAGGACUUGGAACUUAUAGAGUAUUAAUCAAAAAUAUGAAAAAUACGAAUAAUGAAAGUAAUAUUUAUAAAGAUAUUAACUUGAAGGAAUUGGAAGAAAUGGCUGAGAAAGAAGUCGGGUUUAACUAUAAAAUGUCAUUAGCAACUGGGUAUUAUAUAAUGGGCGCCAAAGAUUUGAAAACCGCAAAUUUGUACCCCGCUGAGGAGAUGUAUAAAAAUGCUACAAAGUGGUAUCGUAAAGCUGAAAUGUCAGGAUCCAUUGAGGCGAAGUUAUGUCUAGGAUACAUGUAUAGUAUUGGGUUUAAUAUAUCGGAUUAUAAUCCAGAAAAGGCAAAAAAAUUAUUUAAAGAAGUGAUUAAAGCAAAUGAAAAUGCAGAAAAUUCAAAUUCAAGUAAAGAAACGGAAAAGGCAACCACAGCUAAAGAAUUGGCCAGAAUAGCAAUGAGGAAUAUAGCCAUAUUAUAUCAUAAUAGCCAUGUUAUAAAACCCUUUGAAUGGAAAAAUAUUAUAAAGAAUGGAAUGAAUGAUAAAAUUGAAGCAGCAAAGUGGUUUGGAAAAGCUGUUGAUUUUGAUGGGAAUAAUUUAUAUGCGAAAGCUAAACUUGGAAGAAUAUUAUUAAUAGAUAAUAAAGAUUUGGAUGAAGAUAAGAAGUUGAAGGGAAUUACAAUGAUGAAAGAAGCAGCAGAAGGCGGGUUAGCUGUGGGCCAAACAUUAAUUGGUAAAUUUUAUGAAAAUGAAGGAAAUUAUGAAGAGGCUAUCAAAUUUUAUUAUGAGGCUGCAAAUCAAAAUCGUGGAUAUUAUAGUCAUGUUGCACAAUACCGUCUUAAAAAAUUGGAUGUUGAAAAUCAUAUUCAUAAAGAUAAAAACAUUAUUGAUAUUAAAAAAUUGUAUGAAAAAGAAUUAAAUUAUUACUAUUGUGAUGAUGAAGCAAUUCUUGAAAAUAUUAAUUAUCAAUUAUAA